CUGUAAAAAUAAGAUUUCGCCGAGUACGGGGAACGGCGACGCUACGCAGGGUCCAGCCUCGCUAGCCCACGUUGUAGCAUCAACAAACAUCGGAUUGUGAAAAGGAGGAUAUCGAAAGAUCCACAUUGGUCGACCGCCGUUGUCAUCAUAGCUCCAACCACAUCCCAUGCUGUUCCAUCGGAAGCACACAUCAGAUACGAACAGCAUCCAAUAUAUAAACUUGCUCUUUCCCAGACUACAACAUCCCACUUCACCACCACCACCAACCAUCACAUCUACACAACCAACUCCUUAAUAAAUCCAACCCACACAUCCAACAAAACACCGCAACCAUGCAAUUCGCAACCUCCGUCAUCGCUCUCUUCGCCUCCCUCGCGGUCGCCGUCCCCGUUCUCCCCAACCGUCCCACAGUCGACAACCAAUUCGGCGCAUGGCUCGUCAACUUCUCCCACGACUCCAACGCCCGCGAGUACCUCUCUUCAUCCUUCUACCCUGCGGACUUCGACCCUAACCACGACAACCCUUCGCGCAACGCCUGUGUCGCUGACCCCAACGCCACACCUGCGUUCGAGAAGCGCUGCGAUCACCUUGGAUUCACAUAUGAGUUCGAUGUUGAGACUGGUGGUAUGUUUCUCCUUCCCCGAUCGCCUUUCUUGGGCCGGUACUAGUUUGUGGCAAGUUUGCUAACGAUUGUGAUAGUCUUGAGUCUGCAGAUGGUACAGGGUGACGUUACAUUGUUUGGCGAGAGCACGCUUGAUGCCGAUGGUGACGCGGUCAUCCAGGUCAGCAAGGCCAUUGCUUAGAUGGGAUGUCUACGCAGUCGGAUUGUGGGUUGAUGUAAAAAAAACAGCGUGUGGCUCGUAACUUUUUAAUUGUAAUGACAUAAUGCAUAUAGACUCGUAGGCGUUAAUCACUCUGGUAUCGCUCAAAAUGCACGUAUGGGUGAAUAAAAGUCCAGGCCAUCAUGCUACACAAUCGCCCACUUCCACAUACAUUCAAACAUCUGAUUGUCUUUGUGUACAAAGUAUUUGCUGAGACGUGCCAGAAGAAUAGCAACAUGCGACAUCUUGAGCAUUUUGGCGAGACGGUGUAUAUAUGCAUACCCAGCCACCUGUUCUUUCAGCAUAUUUGGUAUUGACAAAUGACGCCAAAUGCACCAUAGAUGCAGCGAUCAUGUGUAUGAUUGUGAAGGCGUACACAUAUUCACCUGCCCAUCCGAGAGCACACUGGUGCUUGUCUGCUUGCUGUAGAGGUACAGACUUGGUUCAGAUGCAAUGUCGUCAUAACAAACGGCAGCAAACUCUCUCGCUUACUAACCGCUACAGAGCAAAAAACAAACAAACAUAAUAUUUCCUACAGGCACAAGAUUCGAACCUGCGAUCUUCCUAGGAGUUCCCACCAGCAAAAAGCAGACAUCCCUCUUCAUGCUGGCCACCCUAGAGUGACUCGCAAGGUAACACCUGCGACAAGGCGGGAUCCUAGGUUACCAAUAGGCAGCACCCACCGAAGUGACUACGCUUGCGGGGCCCUUACUGUCCCUCUCUCCCCGGGACCACUGUGCCAA